GCCUCCGUCUGUUCAGCCAUUUUGUAAGAAAAUCAAGCAAGUCUGCCGCCCUACCUUCGUCUCAGACCUGCAGUUUUUUUCUUGUGCAAUGGACGGCCGCCUAGACGCCACUGAGUUGUACCCCCUGGGAUCCGGCUACGUCCCUGAAAUCGAAAGUGUCCAUGACAUAUCGGUUGGCACAAAGAGGGGAUCCGACGAACUCUUUUCUUCCUGCAUAACAAACGGACCCUAUAUCAUGAACUCAGCCAAUGGCAACGACAGCAAAAAAUUCAAAGGUGACGUCCGCAGCCCUGGUGUGCCCUCACGUGUUGUCCAUGUUCGCAAGCUGCCCAACGACAUCAAUGAGGCGGAGGUGAUAAGCCUGGGACUGCCUUUUGGGAAAGUCACCAAUCUGCUCAUGUUGAAAGGAAAAAACCAGGCAUUCUUGGAGUUUGGUAGUGAGGAGUGUGCUCAGACGAUGGUGAGCUACUACUCCUCCGUCACCCCUGUCAUCAGGAACCACCCCAUUUACAUGCAGUACUCCACCCAUAAGGAACUCAAGACAGACAACUCUCCUAACCAAGUGCGUGCUCAAGCAGCUCUGCAGGCAGUCAAUGCCCUCCAUGGAAGUGGGAUGGGAAGCAUGGCCAUUUCUGCAGAAGCUGCUAGCAUGGGAGGAGCAGCCAGCCAGAGUCCUGUGCUCAGAGUUAUUGUUGAGAACCUCUUCUACCCGGUGACCCUGGAUGUGCUGCACCAGAUCUUUUCAAAGUUUGGUACUGUGUUGAAGAUCAUCACUUUCACCAAGAACAACCAGUUUCAGGCUCUGAUUCAGUACGCUGACGCCAUGACUGCUCAGCACGCUAAACUGUCACUGGACGGCCAGAACAUCUACAAUGCUUGUUGUACCCUGAGAAUCAGCUUCUCCAAGCUCACCAGCCUCAACGUCAAAUACAACAAUGACAAAAGCAGGGAUUACACCCGCCCAGACCUUCCCACUGCCGACUCGCAGCCCUCUCUUGACCACCAGGCGAUGGCAGCUGCUGCGUUUGGGCCAGGAAUAAUCUCAGCCUCGCCCUACGGUGGAGCUCAUGCUUUCCCCCCCACCUUUACUUUCCAGCAAGCAGGUCUGUCUAUGCAGGGCAUUCCCAGUGCUCUAGCAUCCCUGGGUGUGGGACACUCUGGCAUGGCGGCUGCUGCAGCUGCAGCAGCAGCUACCAGACUUGGCCUGUCAGGACUUGGUGCUACAGGGGGACACAACGUCUUACUGGUCAGCAAUCUGAACCCUGAGAGCGUUACGCCACACUGCCUCUUUAUUCUUUUCGGUGUGUACGGCGAUGUGAUGAGAGUCAAGAUCCUGUUCAACAAAAAGGAAAAUGCUUUGGUCCAGAUGUCUGAUGGCACGCAGGCUCAACUCUCCAUGAGCCACCUGAAUGGCCAGCGUCUUCACGGCAGAGCGAUUCGCGUGACUUUGUCAAAGCACACAACAGUGCAGCUGCCCAGAGAAGGUCAUGAGGACCAGGGCCUCACCAAGGAUUACAGCAACUCCCCCCUGCAUCGCUUCAAGAAGCCUGGCUCCAAAAACUACUCCAACAUCUUCCCACCCUCUGCGACGCUCCACCUCUCCAACAUCCCGCCUUCUGUGAUGGAGGACGACCUCAGGAGGCUAUUCGCCAGCACAGGAGCCACAGUCAAGGCCUUCAAGUUCUUUCAGAAGGACCGCAAGAUGGCUCUGAUCCAGAUGGGCUCGGUGGAGGAGGCCAUCGAGUGCCUCAUCGAGUUCCACAACCACGACCUGGGGGAGAACCAUCAUCUUCGAGUGUCCUUCUCCAAGUCCACCAUCUGAGUGCCGCUCCCUCCACCCUUCAAACCGUUUCCACCCGAAUGUUACCGAUAUUAGCUUGUGGGCGUCGCCCUAAAAAUGUUUUGUUCCUUUUUUGAAGAAUGUUGUUUCUUUAAUCAGAUUUAUGAAAACCCUUUUUCUGGUCAAACCAAUACAAGUGUAAAAAACC